UUUAGGAAGUAUAGGACGAUUCUCCCCAACUUCAGCCAUGGCGGCAUCGGCUUCAGCGAUGGUGGUUGCGUCGAGAGCCGAAUUGCUAAGUCUAUUUCGGUCGCUUCUUCGCACUGCUUCCAAGUUCUCCGACUUCAACAUCAGGGAGUACGCGAGGAGAAGGACAAUCGAUGGCUUCCGCGAGAAUCGCCACCUCUCCGAUCCGGCCUCCGUCGCCGCUGCCUUCGCUGACGGCAAUUCACAGCUCGACAUCGCAAGGAGGCAAGUGCUGUUAUACUCCCUUUACGCACCCAAUGUUAAGAGCGUCAUGGAAAUCAAGUACAAGUGAAUGUUAAACCCUUUGAGGUAAACGACAGAAAUUUAUGGAGGAAAAAAAAUAGGUCAGAAUAUCCUGAUAUAAUUUGUAUUAGAAUGGAGUUUAUCAUUAUUAAGAUUAGUGCAAUACAAAUUAUUUUUAUUAGCACUGAAUCUCAAAACAUAUCUAAUGAUUUUGAAGUUUAUCCUAAUACAAUUUAA